AUGUUCAUCACAUACUUGAAGAACUCUCUGGUCUCGGGCUUUGAGAGAAUCAAGGAGACACUAUCCCUCGCCGAAGACAAGGCCCUCGAGUCCUUGCCCGAGCCAUAUAUUCCCACCGCCGAGGAAAUUGCCAAGAUGCCCGAGAAGCUGCGCGAAAAGGCUACCCGGGCGCUCCACGGCUCGGACGCGAACCCGAGCAUGCUCGACGACCCCAUCAGUCUCAAGGCCGAGCAAAGCGACUACGUGCCUGGCCCAGACGAAGAGGGCGCGGGCCAGUCUGCUUCUUCGCCGUCGCCAGAUAGCAGCGUCAGAUCAAGCCACCGAGAGACGUUGAGGGAGAAGGCGGCCAAGAAAGUACAUGGUCCCAACGCGAACCCCAGUCAACUAGGCGAUCCGAUCAGUAUGAAGGCCGAGAAUAAUGACCUUAUUCCCAAGCCAGAGGAGGAAGGCGCACGACGGAACAGAGACUCAAAGUUAUAG